UGACGCCAUUCUUUGUCCCACAAAGACGCUAAAAUUUAGCAUCCAGUGAGAUUCAACGCACAGAGAUAUUUCUUUGGUUUCACGCCGGUGACUUGGAUGAUAAAUGAGCUUUAGUAACUUUUCACAGACGCGCGUGCAAACCUUAAAGUGACAUCUCCUUCUACGGUCGCCGGGAAGGGUCAAACACACACAUCACGCCGGCUCACUCGCGUGUGCUUAUUUAUCACAACGAGAAAAUAUUUUUUUCGGUUAAAAAAUGAGAUUAUACGCGUAGAAAUGAGCUCGGGUUCAGGGGGAAGAGGGGACGCGAGUUCGCAGUGUCUGGAACGUCUGUUGGAUGCUGUUUACGACUUCGGAUCAGCUGAGAAAAAGAAGCCCAAGAAGAAGAGGAAGAAACGACAAAGGUGUGAAGAAGAGGAGGAAGAGGAGUUAACUGUAGCGCCGGAAAGUUUAUAUAAAAAUGCAGAAAUUCCAGAUGGACAGAAACACAAAACGGAGGAAUCAGGUCCAAACGUCCGGCAGGAGACGCAGGUGGAGGUGGUGACCUUCCAGGACCCAAGGAAGAAACGGAAGACCAGUCAGGCUCUCGCUCAGGGAAAACCAGCAGCUCCUCAGAUCACAGAGAAGAAAGAAUCGUCGCCCCAGGAGCUCAGUUUGGAAAAGGCUCGCCUGGAGGUCCACCGCUUCGGAAUCACGGGAUACAAGAAGGAGCAGCAGCGGGUCUUCGAGCAGGACAGGGCGGUGAUGCUGGGAGCCAGGCCUCCAAAGAGGGAAUACGUGAACUACAAAACCCUGCAGCAGCAGAUCCAGGAGAAGAAGCAGAAGGCGAAGGAGGAGAUUCAGCCGGACACCAAGAAAAAGAAAAAGCAAAGAGAAAAGAAGAAAAAAGGAGCUGCUGGUUCUGGUUCUGCUGCUUCAGCAUCGGGUCAGGUUGGCCGUUUCAAGAACGGCAUGCUGAUCCUGAGCUCCAAGGAGAUCCAGAAAAUCAAAGGCCGGAAGUAAAGGAAAAGAGGUUAGAGGAUGAAUCAGCUGGGAAAGGAACCAAGACCUCACAUGUUUUUCUCCAAAUGGACUCCAAAUGUUCCACAAAAAACCCAAAACUUUUCAUUUUAAUCACAGUUAAUUUAUUGGCUUCCUUAUAAAUGACAAAAAAG